UUACUGGAGUUGAUGCGCGGUGUUCUGUAGCGUCUCCCACGGUUCUCCUUUCCUCUAUUCGGGAAACCUCUCCUACUCGUCAGAAUCAAUGCGAAUCAGCAACGAUAAGCGCGCUGAUGCUGUGCGGUCUGUAGCUUUCUAUUCUCUGGAGAAUAAGGACUAAACCCUCUGUUACACGUUUCUUUUUGCAUAGCUCUUCAGUGCAACGGGGAAGACAAACAACAUGAUUUGCUUUAUCUUCGUGGUUCUAUGUGGAUUGUCUGGCAGUGCGCUUGCAAAAGGUAAAGUGGAUAGGGAGCCUAAGGGGAAGUUCAGUGUUCCUGUUCUGGAUGUGAAGAGUCGACAGCUGGUCCUGGAGGCCAACCAGACGCUGACGAUCCACUGCAGGGGUCGGUGGGAGCUGUCGUGGGUGUUCCCUGGAGGUGUGGCCAGAGAUAAAGAGAGUGUGCAAUUGGAGGAUUCUCGCUGUGGGAGGCAGAGCCAGCAUUACUGCAGCCAACUGAUUAUUAGCUCAGCCCAGGCCCCGCACACAGGAUCAUUCCGGUGUCGGUAUAGCCAGCGGACCCGCAGGCAGAGUGCUGUCUACAUCUAUGUCACAGACAGACAGCGGCCAUUUGUGGAGGAGCAGAAUAACAGUCCAGACGUGGUGUAUAUCAAGGAGAGCCAGCCUCUGGUCUUCCCCUGUAGGGUCACCCACCCUGACGCCACCGUGUCAUUGGUCAAGUUCCCUGACCGUGAGUUGACCCCAGACCAGAGGAACAUAGUGUGGAACAGCAGACAGGGCUUCCUCAUCCGCAGUCCCACCUACUUCUACAUCGGCCUGUUCUCCUGCAAGACCUCUGUCAACGGGACCACACACUCCCUCAGUUACCUCACACACAGACAAGUGAAUAAGAUUAUGGAGGUGUAUCUGAACAGUACUAGUCCCGUCCAGACUUUACAGGGGGACAGUCUGGCCAUCAACUGUACUGUCACUGCAGAGUGGAACAGCAGAGUGUCCAUCAGCUGGGACUACCCUGGGCAGGUAAACCGGGCAGCCAUAAUUAGUAGGCGUAUCAUGGCCAGUAAAACUCACAUGGUUUUCUACAGUAUUCUGUCCAUCCCUAAACUCCACCGCUCUGACAGAGGGCUCUAUAUCUGCCGAGUGACCAGUGGACCGGUCAGCCGAGAGACUAACGUGUCUGUCACAGUCUACGACCGUCCGUAUAUCCGUCUGACACCCAGACAAGGGGCUAUAGUGGAGGCUCAAGCAGGACAGAAGUCCUACCGACUCUCCCCUAAACUACGGGCCUUCCCUGCCCCAGAGAUCAUCUGGUUGAAGGAUGGGAAGGUAGCAGCAGAACAGUGUUCCCGUUACCAUGUGGAUGGGAAUUCCCUGGUGAUCCGGGAUGUGGCGAAGGAGGAUGCAGGGAAGUACACUAUCCUGGUGGGAAUCCAGGAGCACAGACUCUACCAGAACCUAACGCUCUCUCUGGUGGUCAACGUGAGUCCUGGGAUAGGGGAGAAGGCGGUGUCCUUGCAGGACCCAGGUAGUGUCCCGCAGGGCAGCAGACAAGCCCUGCACUGCAGCUCCCACGGAGUCCCCCCUCCUCACAUCGCCUGGCUCUGGCACCCCUGCCCCCCCAAAGGCCUCUGUGACAAACCCCCUCCCACACUAUGGAGCCUGGUGAGAGAGAGGGCCCCCAGCACGUCCACACAGAACCACAUCCCACACAGACAGGAAGUGCUCCAGGGGAAGAAUAAGACCGUGGGGAUUUUGAUGGUUGCUGAGUUGUUUGUAUCCGCAGUGUAUCGCUAUGUCCCAGGAGGCUUCGGUGUGAAACAGGAGGAGGAGCUAAGAGAGGGAGGAGACCUCACUUGCGUAGCCAAUAAACAACUGUACACCAAGUUGUCAUGGCAACUGGUGACUGACACAGCAGAGCCCUCUAACCUCUCACACUGGUUCAGUGACACUCAGCUGCCUCGCCCACGGCGUGUGCCACACCCCCUCAUCACAUGGUACAAGGACCAACACUCUCUUCUGCAGGACUCAGGAGGCGGGACCCUCCACAUUGACCGAAUCACAGUGAAGGAACAGGGUCUGUACACCAGCCAGGCCACCAAUGAGAGAGGCUCUGCUGUGGGCUCCACCUACAUCUGGGUUCAGAACUCGUCAGAGGGCCUGUCUCUGAAGAUCCUUACUCUCACCUGUACCUGUCUGGUGGCCACUCUCUUCUGGCUGCUGCUUACUCUCUUCAUAUGUAAACUCAAACAUCCAUUUCUCUCUCAGGCAAAGUCAGAGUACCUGUCAAUCAUCCUGGACCCGGACAAGGGGCCUCCGGAGGAGCAGUGUGAUAGACUACAGUACGACCCCAGCCAAUGGGAGUUCCCAGAGACUGCCUCGAACAGGGUAUACCUUUACACCAUUGAGGAACCUCUGGACCAUGAGGCCUUUGGGAAGGUCAUGCAGGUGUCUGCCUUUGGCAUCUACAACUCUACAGGCUGCGGAACUGUGGCUGUCAAGAUGCUCAAAGGUGUCCUGGAGGGCAAGCAGUGUGCACCUAAUGGUGUCCUGGAGGGCAAGCAGUGUGCACCUAAUGGUGUCCUGGAGGGCAAGCAGUGUGCACCUAAUGGUGUACUGGAGGGCAAGCAGUGUGCACCUAAUGGUGUCCUGGAAGGCAAGCAGUGUGCACCUAAUGGUGUCCUGGAGGGCAAGCAGUGUGCACCUAAUGGUGUCCUGGAGGGCAAGCAGUGUGCACCUAAUGGUGUCCUGGAGGGCAAGCAGUGUGCACCUAAUGGUGUCCUGGAGGGCAAGCAGUGUGCACCUAAUGGUGUCCUGGAGGGCAAGCAGUGUGCACCUAAUGGUGUCCUGGAGGGCAAGCAGUGUGCACCUAAUGGUGUCCUGGAGGGCAAGCAGUGUGCACCUAAUGGUGUCCUGGAGGGCAAGCAGUGUGCACCUAAUGGUUCAGGGUUCAGGCAGUCCCACCCCGCUGCCUGUGUGUGGGGGGCGGCAGGGGCGCUACAGGGGGCCAGUGGCAGCCGCCUGCUGCAACUCCUGGAAGGAACACCAAUGCCAGUGAAGGGAAAUAGCAGAGUUCUCAUCGCUGCGCUCCUGUUGCUGUUCGCCCGUUGUGAUGGAAACGCGUCGCAGCCUCAGGGAGACUCACCUCGAGCGCACUGUAUCACCAGCCUGGAGGGACGGUUGUGUACUCUGUCUGAAACCCAUCUGAAUGGUUCUGGUCCUACCAGACUAGAGGUCCCUGCUGGACAGAGGCUCCUGAUCACCAUGCAGAGCCUCCCAGGAGACCCUGUCUGCAGCUGGAGCCAUGGAGCUGACCCAAAAAGUAGGGGCUAUUCCUUGACCAUACUACAGACACAUGUGAGUGAUUCUGGAGAGUACACAUUCAGCUGUGAGAGAGGCGGGAUCAACUCCUCUCUGACCCUCUCUCUACUGGUCAUACCUCUGCUAAGACUUCCCACAAAACCACACCUGAAAUUUAUCCCUGGGAAAAGAGGCUUCUUACCAGACUAUCAGUGUUCUUCAGAGGGAAACCCUAAGCCCAAGAUCAAAUGGUUCAACAACCUUGACAAGACUGGAAAGGGUAAUGAUGGGACAGACAUUCCCUCCACGAUCAAAGAGAGGGCUAACAACAAAGAGAAAAGUAAAAAUUACUACAGGACAACAGUUAUGUGCUGUGCUAGCAAUUCUCAGGGAGAGGCGUGUUCUCAACUAUAUGAUUACGAUCUGGACCGUGCCAGUGAUGAGGAUGAUGAGGCUCCAGAGAUCACUGUGAGUCCUGGGCAGCCCCUGCUGCUCAGCUGUCGGCAGAAAGAGAACAGCACCGCACAGUGGCUGCCUGACAACCCGAGACAAGUCUCCAUAUAUCAACUCACAUAUAAAGAAAUAUAUAUGACCUACCUGUUCAUUGAGUCGGUGACAGUGAACCACAGUGGAAUCUAUACAUGCCGAGGCAACAAGAACAAGGUCAAAUCCACCCAUGUCCAGGUCCUGGAGAAGGGCUUCAUUUCCAUCGACCAGUUGAAUGAGAGCAGUACCAUCUCAGCCCAGGAGAAGCCAGGGUUCUGUCUGCGGGCCCUGGUCUCCUCACACCCUCUCCUACGCUGCCAUUGGCUGGGCCCGGACAGCAGACAGACCCAGUGCCCUGAGCCCACACGGCUCUGGAAGAGCAGGACUCUGGAGUUGUGUAACACAGAGCCAGGAGAGUAUCAGUUACACCUGGAGGCUGGGGAGCUGAACCUCACACAGACCCUCUCUCUGUGUGUGGCAGGUACAUCCACCCCCAGUCUCUUACAGAAUGGAGACAAUAUAACCUGUGAGACCAACACCCCCCUUCCCUUCAACCUCACCUGGAGCUCCUGCUCUUUGACCAAUGACAGCUGUCAGUCAGAGUCUGCAGCCUGGAAGGAGAUCCCUGCCCCACCCCCGAAGCUCUCUGACUCAGACCAGUUCUGUCAUAAGAGGAUCCUCAGUACCCGGGACAGUACGGAGGUGGGGGACUUUGUCAAGUGCUGCAUCACAAACUCUGUCCACUCACAGUCUCACUGCAGUGAGACACUGUUCAACAUACAAUUUAAAUCUGUUCCACCAGCCUCAUCUCAACUCCUCCUGAAAGUGUCCAGUCUGGUCCUGUUCCUGGCUUUGAUGCUGGUCAGCCUGGCGCUGCUCUACUUCAUCAGGAAGAAGAAACCCCAGUACCAGAGUCAGCUGCAGAUGAUCCAGAUGGUUGGGCCUAAUGACAACGACUACAUCUACAUCAACUUCAAAGACUUCCAGUAUGACCAGAAAUGGGAGUUCCCCAGAGAGAACCUGGAGCUGGGGAAGGAGCUGGGCUCUGGGGCCUUUGGCAUGGUGCUUCAGGCUACAGCCUACGGCAUCAGCAAGCCGGGAGUCUCCCUGCAGGUGGCUGUCAAGAUGCUGAAAGAGAAGCAUGAGACAGUAGAGAAGGAGGCUCUGAUGUCAGAGCUGAAGAUGCUGACUCACAUCGGACAGCAUGCCAACAUCGUCAACCUGCUGGGGGCAUGCACUGGCUCAGGGCCCACGUACCUGAUAUUUCAGUACUGCCGUAACGGGGACCUGCUGAACUACCUGAAGAACAACAGAGAGCUCUACCACAAGUCUCUGACCGACGCCUUCACCAGGGACCGCUUCAGCAGACUUUACCACAACCUGCCCAAGAGGAGCUCCAGUGAGUUCCAGAGGCCAGUGGACAGCAUAUACAUCCCCAUGUCCCCCACCACCACUAGAGGGCAAGAGAGCAUCGCCCUGAUCAGCCUCAACUCUUCUCCCAUGAACACCUCUGAUGGUCCAGGGAUGUAUGAGGAGUUAAAUGAGCUGCAGGAGGAGGAGGAGGAAGAGGAGGAGGAGGCGCUGACCUACGACGACCUGCUCAGCUUCUCCUAUCAGGUGGCCAAGGGCAUGGACUUCCUGUCCUCCAAACACUGUAUCCAUCGGGACCUUGCUGCCAGGAACGUGUUGGUGACUCAGGGUGGACUAGUAAAGAUCGGGGACUUUGGACUGGCCCGGGACAUCGACAAUGACUCCAACUACGUAGUGAGAGGAAAUGUGCGUCUGCCAGUGAAGUGGAUGGCUCCAGAGAGUAUCUUCCAGGGGAUGUACACCAUGCAGAGCGAUGUCUGGGCCUAUGGUAUCCUGCUGUGGGAGGUCUUCUCUCUGGGUGUGACCCCCUACCCAGGGAUAAAGGUGGACAACAACUUCUAUGUGAUGAUAGAGAGAGGUUUUAAGAUGGAGCAGCCGUACUACGCCAGUGAAUCUGUGUAUUCGAUCAUGUGUAAGUGCUGGGCCUUGGAGCCUCGGGACCGCCCUCACUUCUCCAAGCUGGUGGCCUUCAUGGAUGACCAACUGGCCGACAUGGAGGAGAAGCUCUACCAUAACAUCCUGGACAAGCGCUGCAGUCAUGUGUUAUACCAGAAUGCACCGGUGAAAUCUGAUCUCUCAGCCUUGGCCAAAGAAAAGGGUCAUCAAGCACAGUCACAGAACCAAUACUGCAAGACCCACUCCACUGGAGAGGCCCCAACAACACUGUCUGACAGGGUUGCCAUGGAGACUGAUGAUGACAAUCCUCUGAAACCAUGUCAGUGAGAGCAGUGGCCUGUCUUUCUAAUUCUUCUGUGCCAUAAGGAUUUCUCCUAUUAUAUCCUGGUAGUGUAUAUUUGUAUAAUGCUGUGGAUUUCAAAAGCACUGAUGACUUGCUUUAUCCAAAUAUGUUUAACAAUGAAUAUGUCAAUUAAAACUGUUUUUGUAUCAAAGGCUAGUAGCUCCGUCACUGUAGGAAUUGAUAAAGUCAUAUUUAACAUUGCAACAUAGUAAUGGAUGUCAAAAUUAACACAACCUGUUUUUGUGAACAUAUUAUACACUGUGUGCAACUAAUUCAAUAUUAAUCAUGUUAUUACUGCUUUUGGAGAAGAGAUAUUUAAAUAAUUUUGACAGCUGGAUUAUUCUGUCUUUUCUUUCCUAUGUGAAGUUAUUUAAAAAAAAAAAAAGAAUAACAAUGAUUUCGUUUUCGGUAUGUUUGUCCAUCUGAGUUCUGGAAAUUAUUCAAAUAUUUGAAAUAAAGUAUUUGACAUGA